CUUAAACCUUGUCCCAGAACCCCCUCAACCCAGUCGAAACCAGUACGUUUAGGGUGAACGGUCUGCAUAGAGGUGUUGUUGGUGUUCCGUGGUGUUGUUACUUACAUCUCCUUGAUCAGAGGAACAGCAUUUAAACAUGUCGCUGAUGAAGAGUUACAGGAACAAAGACCCUCUGGUCGCCUACACGAUGCAACAUUCACUGAGACAGACAGACGUGCAGAAGCGCUUGGAUGAGGUCACUUUGAAGCACAGACGGGCAGGCAUGCUUGGGGCACCGGAGGUGUUGCAACUGAAUGCCAACCUGAUGCAGGCCAUCGGUGCCAAGAAGGUUCUGGACGUGGGCGUCUUCACUGGCGCCAGCUCACUAUCCGCUGCGUUGGCGCUUCCGGCCGACGGAGAAGUACACUCCCUGGACCUGUGCGAGGAAUAUGUCAACAUAGGAAAACCCUUCUGGGAAGAAGCAGGGGUCACCAAUAAAAUCCACCUGCACAUAGCACCCGCCGGAGACACUCUUCAGAAAUUCAUCCAGGAAGGCCGGCUUGGCACAUUUGACUUCGCCUUCAUCGACGCCGACAAAGUUGGCUACGACAAUUAUUACGAGUGCUGCCUAAAACUCAUCCGCCCUGGGGGGAUCAUUGCCUUCGACAACACCCUGUGGGAUGGUAACGUUAUAAACUCGGAGGACCAGAGUGAGGACACCGUGGCCCUUAGGAAGCUGAACGAAAAACUCAGGGACGACCAACGCAUCAACAUAUCCUUCCUGAAAAUUGGAGACGGACUCACACUCUGUUUCAAGAAAUAGACCUAUGCGGUUCGUGUAUGACAUGCCCCCCCCUCCUCCCUCUUUGGAGGGAGUCUUAAGAUCCACUGUACCAAUGACAAUAUUUUGUAAUGAUUGUAGCAUUUGCUGAACGAUUUUGUUUUUGAUAAUUUAAAGUAUGAAUGUCC